AUGAUUAUUGCAAUCUGUGUUCUUGCUGUACCCAGUAGCGAAAUUAGACGACAGAAGCAUCUAGACGUAUUUUGUGUUACAGCUACAUGGUCACUCUUUGCUUAUAUAUGGCUUUAUUUGAUUCUUUCUGUAUUUUCACCUGGUGUUAUUGAAAUAUGGGAAGGUUUCUUGACAUUUUUGUUCUUUCCAAUAACUGUAUUUACCGCUUGGGUAGCUGAUGUUAAAAUUAUUCAAAAACGUUUUCUUCCUCAUCGUUAUCGACGAACAUCACGAGGCCUUGUUGCAACAGAGGGUGAAGAAAUGAAUAUGUUAGAAGGCAACGGAGCUGUAAAGGACGGCAUGAUUGAUCCGGCACUUAAAGCAUUUGAAGAUAAUCGAGACACAUUUAUCCAAAUAAUGCGCGACAUUAGAAAGAAAAAUCCUCGCAUUGAUCCAAUUGAACUUCAAAAACAAGCUGAAUAUGAAAUGAUUACUCGUGGUCCAAAAUCCCGUGCUUUUUACCGUGUGCAAGCAACUCGACGACUUAUUGGUGGCGGCGAUAUUGUUAGGAAACGUAUUGACAAGGAACACCACAAAUCUAUUGAUGCUGCAAGUUUUUUUAUAAUACAAGCACAGGAAGUUCAAGCACGUAAGAAUACAUGUCGCAUCUAUUUUGAUCCAGCUUUAUAUACUGUACUGGAGAACAUUGGUACAUUUGAUAUUGUUGUUGGACGUGACGGUGGACCCGAUGGUUUAACAAUAAUGGUUGACUAUUAUACCGAAGAUGGUACUGCAAACGCCGGAAGUGAUUAUGUACCCGUUAAGGGUACACUAACAUUUUAUCCCGAGGAUAAACUUCAAAAAAUAAACAUCGAAAUUGUGGACGAUGAUGUUUUUGAAGAAGACGAACAUUUCUUUUUACACCUAAAAAAUUUACGAGUACGAACAAAAGACGGUCUAAUAAUUGAUCCAAAUCGGAUUGGUGGUGUUCCGGUUGCUGCACUUGAAAUGCCCGCUACAGCAACGAUAAUGAUUUUAGAUGACGAUCAUGCUGGUGUUUUCUCAUUUGAACACGAUCAUUUUCAAGUUGUUGAAAACUGUGGUUAUCUGUCACUGAAAGUACAAAGAAAUUCUGGUUGCAGGGGCAAAGUCAUUAUUCCUUAUCGGACUGUCGAUGGAUCUGCAAUAAAUGGAAAACAUUUUGAUGCCAAAGAAGGUGAAUUAAUUUUCGAGGAUAACCAAACUGAAGCAUUCAUUGACAUUGGAAUUAUGGAUACUGAACAGUAUGAAAGAUCCGACCACUUUUUUGUCGAAAUAUCACAACCGAUAUGGGCAAAAAAGAUGUCAGGUAUGGUGAAAAUUGCGAAUUGUCUAAAAAAUAAAAAAAAAGUAAAAGUGAAGAAUUUUGCACAUUUAUUUCUAUGA